GUGCGUUUGCAGUCAAUGUCCCACCCAUUAAGAUGUGAUCCCACCCAUUAUAUGAUCUCACCCUUUAUACAGUUUUACAACUUCUCAGCUUCACAUUCACGACAACAAUAUCAGUGUACAGUCUGAAAGCCGUGCGAUAAUCUUGUUAUCAAAGUACAGUGCCAGUGAAAUAACAAUAACAAUAACCAAGAGAAGCAAUGUCGCUCGCUAAGGACCUAAUGCACCCUACUUUGCUGGCUGAGAGGCAAAGACACAAGAAGAAGAGGUUGGUUCAGAGUCCCAACUCCUACUUCAUGGAUGUAAAAUGCCCAGGCUGCUACAGGAUCACCACAGUGUUCAGUCAUGCCCAGAGAGUGGUGCCCUGUGGCGGCUGCUCCUUCGUCCUGUGCCAGCCCAGAGGGGGCAAAUGUCGCCUCACUGAGGGCUGCUCGUUCAGAAGAAAGCAACACUGAGGGAGGUUACAGUUGUGAGCUUUCAACUCUGAUAGUCGUGGAAGGUGGACCAUGAAGGAUUCUGACUGUUCAGCCUUAAUUUUAGCUUACAUUAUGUUGAUUGGAAUGGGUAUGUUUAGCUGAGCUGAUUGACAGUGUUUUGAUCUUAUUGUGAUGUCUUUCAUGCAAAAUACAAGCAGAUUAAUGUUCAGCUACAAUAUUAUGUCUUCUUUUCAUAUUGAAUAGGAAUAAUAUGAUAUAAUAUAAGUUGAAAUAGUCUCCCUCUGUAUGUGUAUGAAAUGGUUUUUUUUUUUUAAAUAAUCAAAUAAAUAUUCGCUUCAGCCAGGUGACUUUUUUUUUGUAAAAAUGUAUUAGAUUGAAAGAGGGAAAGGUGAAUGAAACAUUUCAACACAGACUCAAGUCAAAUGAGAAGCUUUUUUCACGGGCCAAGGAUGAGAAGCCAUGAUCACCUUCACAGACAACAAUAAAAACAUUUGAGGGUU